GUCAUCUGUUCAUGUUGAAACAUUUUAUUUUCCGUAACGUAAAGUUCUUUUGGGAUUCUUUUCUUGAAUGGUCGCUCAUUUCCACUUUAUUGCUCGUUAUCAGUGGAGGUUCCGGUGACAGUUACUUUCUAACACGGAAUUUGUUAAGAAUCUGCAGUGUAUUGAUGAAUUAGAAAAAAGGACAGGUAAGGCACUUUACCUUUUGCAGAGGUCAUGCACUUUUAAAUGUUAAACAGUGGCCAUUGUGAAACUAACGUUUAGUUCAAUGGGCAUCUCGUUUUGUGAAGUAGCUCAUUUUAAGCCAAUAGAACCGUUGAAUUAGUUUGGAAAGGAUAAGAACGAGGAUUUAUGAAAUAACUCUUGAUUUGAACAUAUUGGCAAUCAAUUUGAUGUCUUUUAGCUGAGCCUUAUUUGUAGAGAGGAAUUCAACGUUGACAGAUGCGGAGGAGACUUGAACUCCGUGAUAGAUGCGGCAAUAUACAUGUAAAGCGCUGGCAAAGAUCAAUAUAUAUUUCGAGAUCACGGCCGGGAUCAUGUAUCAAACAGACAUAUUGCUUUAAUUUUCAUGUUUAAGUGGCUUUUAUUGCAUCGAGUAGGUAUAGCGAAAAUGAAACUUUGAAUAGUAUAUACCACUGGAUUUGACUCCGAUGUUAUUUCAUAUUGCGAACCGUAUUUAGAAAUGUUUUUCAAUUUCGGACCAUGCUAUUUAUAGCGCUGCUACACCUCACAUAACCUCCCAGUUCGGUUAGUAAAUACAUCUGCGUGUAUGAACCGAUUACCGUAUAUAAAUAGUUUGUUCAGCUUGGAUCGUUUCAUUUCAUGAUGGAGUCGCACCUUACACAUGAGAUGGACGCAGUUGGUGUCUCUGAUGUGAUCAACAUGGAGCCGACCGCCACGCCAGUGUUCGAGUUUACCGACUACAACCAGCGUAUCGCCGUCGCCUGUCUGUUGGCAUUCAUCUUCGUCGUCGGGAUCAUCGGCAACGGUCUUGUUUUGAUGGCGGUCACCGUUUCACGAAAACUCCAAACUUCGACCAACGCCUUCGUGGUUAGUCUUAGUGUCACGGAUUUCGUCACGUGCUUAGUCCUACCGUUUCAGAUCAGUGGUGUCUUGAGCAGGACAGGGUGGAUGCUACCGUAUGCCCUCUGCAACAUCGUUGGCGGCGUCGCUAUCAGCUCCGCCAUCGCCAGCGUCAUUACCCUGGCGCAGAUCGCCGUUAACCGUUACGUCAUCAUCACGUCCGAACGUCGCCGGUACGAACGAAUCUUCUCGCGUCGUAACGUGAUCCUCAUGGUGUCCUUUUCCUGGUUGUUCCCGUUGUUGACCAUGGUGUUUCCCCAGGCCAUCGGCUACGGGCGGAUUGGCUAUACCAAUAAAUACAAGCUCUGCCUCAUGGACGGUAAUCACGAUUACGCUCUCAUCUACGAGUUCGGAGCCGCUAUCAUCCAGUUAACCUGUUUUAUCGUCAUCACCGUCUGCUAUGGAUUGAUCUAUCGAUUCCUGCAACAAAAGAUGUUCUUCGAACGAUGUCCGUCACCCAAGUUUACAUCACAUGGUGGAAACACCUGCCGUGUUGUUCCAAGCAUGUCAUCAACCGAGCUUUCGAACACGCAGGCGACCAGGGAGAGCUUUAAUGAAAUGAGUGUCACUGAAAUGAACGGCAACGUGAUAGCGGAAGACACGGCAAAGGGCGCGAAAUUACCCACGCGCAGAGAGGUACAAAUUACGCGAAAUCUUUUCUACGUCGUCUGCGGGUUCUUCGUGUCUAUUAUUCCAUACGCGAUCGCGGUGUCGAUUCCGAACAGCGGGAAAGUGCUGGUCUACUUGGGUGUCCUCGUGACCGCUUCGAGUAUUCUCAACCCCAUCAUCUAUGGGUUCAACCAUCCUCAUUUUCGCGUCAUCUUUAGAAUCAUCCUGCGUUGUGACUGGAAUAGAAUACCUGAACCUUCUGCAUUUUUGAGAGCGUUACUGGGGAAAAGGUAA